GGGGGAUCCUUGAGAGAGAGGGGACAUGUCAAUGCAUUUACAACCAGCGUGGGGGAUUUUUUUUUUCUCUUCUAUUUGACUUUCCAAAUCUCCACCGUCAUAACAUCACAUCACUUCGCUCUAUUGACCAGAGAAGCAAGAAAACUGCUUGCCAGCAAAGCAACGGAGACUGGACUGAUUGUGGAGCAUUUGAGUUGGAAAUCUCAGUAGUGUGUUUUUUUUAUUUCCUGCAGAAGCCUCCCGAACUGCUCGUCCAGUUGUCUCGAAAGUUGUUUGACAGUGUCUGUGUAACUGUCCGCUGAUUAUCGGCUAAUCGUAAGAAAUGAACGCCCUGUACGGAUAAACUACUGUAAAGCCCGGUGACCCGUAAAUGUACUACGAUCAAAGCUCUCUGUCAGAAGGCACCUAGAAAAAGUACCAUUUGAAAUCUGCCUUUUACGAACCCUGGGGCAAUUCGAGGCUAUUAUCUGCAACUUACAAGUCUAUAAACAGCAGUUUGUCUGUGCACCAGAAAUAAACAGGAGGAAAACGAAUAAAAAGUUGAUCAAGCGCACAGUUGGCUAUGUCUGCCUGCGCUGUAUGCGCGCGGCCAUUACAACCCGUUUUUUUAUUCUCCCCAUUUUUUCAGGGCUUGUACCAAUCUGCGCAAGUGUUGAACAAAUACAUGCAAUCGAUCGGAAAUGAGGAUUCGGCUGCUCGUCGUACACGAUGCUCUCCGCAUGCACCAUCGUUCGUUCGGAUUGUUUUACUUUGAAUGAAAGUCAACAGCGCACGCUGUCUUUAGCUUAGCUCUCGAGCGUGUUCGUAGCAGCAGUCAGUGCGCGAGACACACAGCGGAUUUAACACGUUGGACUUUCCUCUCCGCCCAUUUUUUUUUUCUGAGGGGGGUGACAAGAGAGCUUUUUUCGUUUUUUCGUUUUAAAUUCUAUCUUACAAAACAACACUGGACUAUUAAAACAGGUCGUUAGCCAAACGGAGACGUAUUUGGAGGGGAUAUUUGGUCAGAUUUUUGGCUCCCCCGGGGUCAAAAUGCGGCUGUGGACUUUGAUUGUUUUGGUCGCGUCUGUCUACGCUGUUUGCAACUGUCAACAAUCAAAUGGAGAAAUUUGCUCAAGUAAAGAUAUCAGAAAUAACGUGACCAAUCUGCGCAUAUUGGAGAACUGCACCGUCAUCGAAGGCCACUUAAAGAUCCUGCUCAUGUUCACGACUAAAGCAGAGGACUUCCGAGGCGUGAGUUUCCCCAAGCUGACGGUAGUGACGGACUACUUACUCCUGUUCCGCGUUUAUGGCAUGGAGAGUCUCAGCGACCUGUUUCCCAACCUCACGGUGGUGCGGGGCAAUAACCUCUUCUUCAACUAUGCCCUCGUACUCUUCGAGAUGCUGCAGCUGAAGGAGAUCGGCCUUCACAGCCUGAUGAACAUCACGCGUGGUGCUGUACGUGUGGAAAAGAACCCUGACCUCUGCUACCUCUCCACCCUUGACUGGUCCAAGAUCCUUGACUCUAUGGAGGACAACUACAUUGUGGCUAAUAAGAACGAUCGAGAGUGCGGAGAUGUCUGCCCAGGCACGGUUCAAGGCAAAAGCACCUGCCUACUCACCACCAUCAAUGGGGACUUCAGCGAGCGAUGCUGGAACCAGAAGUACUGCCAGAGAAUGUGCCCAUCCUCAUGCAAGCACCGUGCCUGCACUAAAGACAACCAGUGCUGCCAUGACCAGUGUCUGGGAGGCUGCUUGGAGCCCAACUCAACGAGCAAAUGCGUGGCCUGCCGCAACUAUAUGCACAAUAACACCUGCAUCGACAAGUGCCCGCCCGGAUUCUACACCUUCAAAGGUUGGCGCUGCGUCAACUUCAGCUUUUGCCAGGAUCUGCACAACAAGUGUAAGCAGGGCAAAGGUGACUGCCACGAGUACGUCAUCCACAAUGGGGCCUGCAUCCCAGAGUGCCCUUCUGGAUACACUACUAUAAACUCCACUACGUUGAACUGCACGCCCUGCGCUGGCCUCUGUCCUAAAGUGUGUAUGGGGCUGAAGACAGUGGACUCAGUCACGGCGGCUCAGGCUCUGAGAGGAUGCACUGUGCUUAAUGGCAGUUUGGUCAUCAACAUCCGUGGAGGGAAUAACAUUGCCGCAGAGCUGGAGGCUAACCUGGGACAGCUGGAGGAGAUCACCGGCUACCUGACAGUCCGACGCUCCUAUGCCCUCGUCUCUCUUUCUUUUCUCCGCAAGCUCAGAGUCAUCUGCGGAGAGACACAAGAAGUCGGGAACUAUUCAUUCUACGCCCUUGAUAACCAGAAUCUGCGUCAGCUGUGGGACUGGACCAACCACAACCUGACCAUCCUGCAGGGUCGCAUGUUCUUCCAUCACAACUCCAAACUCUGCAUGUCAGAGAUUCGGAAGAUGGAGGAGGUGACAGGCACUAAGAACCGACAGAUUAAGAAUGACAUCGCCUCAAAGACCAAUGGAGAUCAGGCAUCAUGUGAGAGCCAGGUGUUGAAGUUCACUCAGGUUCGCACACUUUCAGACAAGAUCAUCAUUAAAUGGGAGCCUUUCUGGCCGCCAGACUUUCGGGACCUGCUGGGGUUCAUGGUUUUGUACAAAGAGGCGCCUUACAAAAAUGUGACUGAGUUCGAUGGUCAGGAUGCAUGUGGCUCUAACAGCUGGGUGAUAGCAGAUGUGGAUCCUCCGCCUCGUGCUACAGAGGGAAAAGAACAGCAGGAGCCCGGAUACCUCAUCCUCCCUCUGAAACCAUGGACACAGUACGCCAUCAUGGUCAAAACCCAGCUCUCUGCUUCUGAUGAGCACCAGGUCCACGGAGCAAAGAGCGAGAUCAUCUAUGUCCGCACUGAUGCUACCAAACCCUCUGUACCUUUGGACCCCAUAUCUUCCUCUAACUCCUCAUCUCAGAUCAUUCUGAAGUGGAAGCCUCCUAAUGACCCAAAUGGCAACAUCACACACUACCUGGUCUUCUGUCAGCAGCAACCAGAGGCCAGCGAGCUCUAUAAGUUUGACUACUGUCAGAAAGGUAUGAAGCUGCCAACCAGAGCCCCCACACAAGUGGAUAAUGAAGAGGAACAGAAGUGGAACCAGACCGAGGAGCAGGGCCAAGCUAGGCGCUGCUGUUCCUGCCCCAAAACAGAGAAACAGCUGAAGAAAGAGGCGGAGGAGACAGAGUACCGAAAAACUUUCGAAAACUACCUACAUAAUGAGGUCUUUGAGCUCAGGACAUCAAGACAGCGCAGAUCUCUUGUGGGUGUGGCCAAUAGGACUUCUUCUCGUCUGAUCACCAUGCCGCCCUCGCUGCCCAAUGGCUCUGCCACCCUUAGCCCAGAAGAGGAAGCAGAGGCCAAUAAGAUUUCACUGACUGUUUAUGACAAGGAGUCCGCGAUCAUCUCCAAUCUGCGCCACUUUACCAGCUACCAGAUAGAAAUCCACGCCUGCAACCACCGGACUGAUCCCGCUCGCUGCAGCAUGGCGGCGUAUGUCAGUGCCCGCACCAUGCCUGAAGACAUGGCAGAUGAUAUUGUGGGGCCGAUUACCUAUGAAGUCUCUGAGUACUCUGUACACAUUAGGUGGAUGGAGCCUAAGGCCCCUAAUGGCAUGAUUAUCCUCUAUGAAGUCCAUUACAAGAGACUGGGAGACACAGAGGAACUGCACCACUGCGUGUCUAGAAAGAAUUAUAUUGCUGAUGGAGGCUGCAAGCUCAGAGUGGUGCAUCCUGGGAAUUAUACAGUGCGGAUCAGAGCCACCUCCCUGGCUGGCAAUGGAUCGUGGACAGAGCCAACGCACUUCUAUGUGCAGGACCUACGUGUGGACCCAUCAAACAUGCUGAAGAUUGUGAUUGGUCCAGUGAUCUGUGUCUUUCUGCUCCUGCUGAUGGGAGGGGUGGGCUUUUUCCUGUUUAAGAAGAAGCAAACAGAAGGGCCAACUGGACGCCUUUACACCUCACCCAAUCCAGAGUAUUUCAGCCCGGAUGAGGUGUACGAGCCAGAUGAGUGGGAGGUGCCUCGUGAAAAGAUCAAUCUGCUGCGAGAGUUGGGCCAGGGAUCUUUUGGCAUGGUGUAUGAGGGCAUCGGAAAAGACAUAGUUAAAGGCGAAUCGCAGACUCGCGUAGCGGUGAAGACUGUUAACGAGUCGGCCAGCCUCAGAGAGAGGAUUGAGUUCCUCAACGAAGCUUCUGUAAUGAAGACAUUCAGCUGCCAUCAUGUGGUGAGGCUGCUGGGUGUGGUAUCUAAAGGUCAGCCCACUCUGGUGGUGAUGGAGCUCAUGACACAUGGAGAUCUGAAGAGUUUCCUGCGUUCUCUUAGACCUGACUCAGAGAAUAACCCAGGCCGGCCUCCUCCAACGCUGAAAGAGAUGAUUCAAAUGGCCGCAGAGAUAGCAGAUGGCAUGGCUUACUUGAACGCCAAGAAGUUUGUGCACCGAGACCUUGCUGCCAGGAACUGCAUGGUGGCCGAAGACCUGACUGUAAAAAUUGGAGAUUUUGGCAUGACGAGAGACAUCUAUGAGACGGAUUACUACAGGAAGGGUGGGAAGGGCCUGCUUCCUGUGAGAUGGAUGGCCCCUGAGUCGCUGAAGGAUGGAGUCUUCACCGCUCACUCAGACUGCUGGUCAUUUGGCGUGGUAUUAUGGGAGAUCAGUACUCUGGCUGAGCAGCCCUACCAGGGCCUGUCUAAUGAACAGGUCCUUAAGUUUGUGAUGGAUGGAGGAUACCUGGACAGACCAGACAACUGCGCAGACAGAUUACAUACCCUGAUGCAGAUGUGCUGGCAUUUCAAUCCGAAAAUGAGGCCCACCUUCCAGGAGAUCAUCGAGAUGCUCCGGGAGGAUCUGCAUCCCUCGUUUCAGGAGGUCUCGUUCUUCUACAGCGAGGAGAACAAGCCACCUGAGACCGAAGAGUUUGAUAUGGACCUGGAGAACAUGGAGAGCAUCCCGCUGGACCCUUCCUCAUACUCUCAGAGGGAGUGCUGUCUAGAUGGGGAUGAGGGCUCGUCGGUGGGCCUACGAGGGAGUUACGAGGAGCACGUGUCGUACACGCAAAUGAACGGCAGCAAGAAAAAUGGACGCAUCUUAUCCCUACCACGGUCUAACCCCUCUUAAUAUUACUUAACCCCAACAAACUAUAUUAGAUUGUUUUUUGUCAUCAUUUUAUAGAUUGACUUUUAUCAUGCUCUAUAUCAGAAGCCCCUCAGAAAGCAAUGUCAUGACUAUGAUGAUGAUACUGGGUACAGGCGUUAUUUUGUAUUGAAAGAAGAAAAUACACAUCAACUGCUUUUUUUCUGUUAUUUUUAUUUUUAAUAUUGCCAUGUUUCAAAGACUGAUCAAAUGGAACAAACUGUGAAAUUAACCUCAACCACAACCAGAAGGCUGCUUUAAACCUUACAUCUCUGACUCUCCCCUCAUCCACCAAUGAAUCUCCAAAAAAAAAAAAGAAGAAAAAAAAAAUUAUAAUUUAAGAAAAAAGUGACCUUACUUUGUGGCCUGUGUCAUUACUACAUGGAGUUGUGUCUGAAUCCGUAUAUUCUCGGUGUUGGUGGCAAACCUGUUGAACUUGGGAACUGUAGGAUGACCUUUAGUGUCCUUCCAAGAACAAACUGUCUACAGGAGAAGCCUGUACAGUACACUGCUUUUCUACCUGCUAUUCAGUAUUCCAGACUACACAGAACGAACAGAUUUUUGGACUAUUUUUUUAUUUAUUUUCUUAUCUUUGCUCUCUUUUUUCUUUUUCCCUGGUGUUCACACUUUUACAGCUGAAGGAUAUUUAAACUGUUUUCAGGACUAAAAGAGUUCCUCAGAUUGACCAAUAGUUGCUGCUUUGAUAUAUUUUAGUGGGUAGAUGAUGAAAAAAGUAUAUAUAAAUAUAUUAUUGAUGUUUUUGUACAUAGUUGAUAUGUCAUCAUUCGAGAGUUAUUGCCGGUUGUAGAAAAGUUUUUACAUGUUUGUCUCGAAUCUUUAUUUUUUCUAUUCCAAAAAUCCAUACUAAUCAUCCUGGACCUCUGAUCAGCCAGCAGCUCCAAGAUGCACGGGAGUAUUAGACGCCUUGGGCUUCAGAUGUCUAAUCUUGAUAUCAAUGGGAAAAACUGCUGUAAAUAAAGCAGUGAAGUGCAUUCAAGAAGA